CACUUUCCUUCCAUUUAAAACCAUAAUCCUAACAAACCCAGAUCCGCCCAUCAUUCCCAGGAAAAAACAACUCGUCGGAGGAGCUGUCUGAAAUUUCCGGCACCGUCUCACUCGAUCCAUCCACCGAUGAAUCCGCUCGAUCUCUUCCUCUUUCUAAUCAUCUUCUUCAUCUCCGACGUAGAAGCUCAGAACAAUCAACUAGCUACACCCAGCAAUAGCGACGACAUCGCGACGGCCUUCCGUCCAAGCAUGGCUGUUGUAAUCGGAGUCCUCUCCAUCUUCUUCUCUCUCACCUGCAUCCUCCUCAUGUAUGCGAAAUUCUGCCACACCACUACUUCCGAUCUCUUCAACCGAGGCGUGGAUCCACAUCACCAGCUAGGCCUACUACAGCCAAGAUCACGGUUCUCAGGCAUCGAUAAAACAGUCAUCGAAUCCCUUCCUUUCUUCACAUUCUCUUCCCUAAAAGGAUCGAAAGAAGGUCUCGAAUGCUCCGUCUGUCUAUCGAAAUUCGAAGAUACCGAAAUCCUCCGCCUUCUACCUAAGUGUAAGCACGCAUUCCACAUAAACUGCGUCGACCAAUGGCUGGAAAGCCACUCAAGCUGCCCGUUGUGCCGAUGCAAGGUCAACGCAAACGAUCCAACUAUAUUUACAUACUCAAACAGCCUUCGAUUCUCGAACGUCGACCCGUCCGAUCUAAGGGAGGAUCCCGAUCUAGAGCUCUUUGUCCAUAGGGAGCCUGACAACGAGGGUUCAUCGCGGUUUAGUAUCGGAGGCAGCUUUCGGAAGGCCUAUAAGGGUAAGAAGGACGAAUUGCUUGUGGCGGAGAGGAGCGAAGAUCAACGACUAUUGCAUAAAUUCAAGCAUCGUAUCAUAGUCUCCGAUGUGGUUUUCAAGAACCGAUGGAGUGAUGUGAAUUCUUCCGAUCUGAUGUUCUUGAAUUCAGAAAUGCUUAAUGUUUCUUCGAGUAAGAGAUUUUCUUGCUUGGAUUCAAAUAGCGAGCGGUUUAGCACGAGAAAAACGGGCUUCGAUGGUAAUGGAUCUUCUUCAAGUGAUCGGAUUAUGACUCUCAAGGAAGAAAUGGAGAAGAAGCGAUCACUCGAAAGUAAGGCUAGUAAGAUGAGAAGAAGUCUUUCAGUUUCGGUUCCUGGUUUUCCUUCUACUUCGGAUUCGGAUGCGAAUUCAAGGGCUGAAUUCUUGAUACCGCCGGGGAAGCGAUCUAUGUCGGAGAUUACGAAUUUUUCAAGGUUUGCUGAUUUUGGAGGUAAGAACAGGAUUAAGGAAUCGUCAAUGGCAGGAAAUAAUGGCAAGGAGGAGAAGAUGAGGAAGCUUUGGCUGCCGAUCGCUCGGCGGACUGUCAUGUGGUUGGCGGGCCGUGAAAGAAGAUCGCAAUCUCAUCAUGCAAGACAGGCUUCGAACGUCUGAAGUCGUUUAGGUAUCUGUUGAUGCUGCAAUUUUCUGCCAUUAAUGCUGCAGUCUUGAAGAUCUUGAGCAAUGCCUGCUGGAGUUUUAACGGCGGAGAUGGUGAAUGUAGAAAACUCUCCGUUACACUUUCAUGUAGAUAUAUCUCCUCGCAAGACUGACUCUAAUCCGGUGAUCCAGACCUUAGAUCUGAUGGGGCCCACUGUAUAUGACGGGUGGUUCAAAAUUCUUCAGAUUGAAAGACAAGUGGCGGAGUAAAUAUCACGGUCGAGGAA